GCGCCGCUUCCGCCCUGCCGGGAGCCCAGCGCGGCCAGAGGGGAGCGGGAAGCAGGCGCUCGGUUCCGCGGGGCCCCGCUUUCCCCGUCGAGCCUGGCCGGAGCGGGCGCCUCGGGGCAAGGACCGUGGGAAGCGCGCUCGGGGCCCUGCGCGGCGGAAGCGCUGCCGCGGCCUGGCUGGAUUUCCGCGGGGCGGCAGGAGGAGGAGGAGGAGGAGACGCCUCUCUUGGCCCGCCCGGGCUUUGUUCGCCUGCCGUUUCCCGGCUACCUGCGGGAGGGAUCGCGGCGCAGCGCUUCGCCCCGACUUGCUCCGCCUCGGGUUCCGGAAGUGCCGGCAGUGCUUGGCUGAGCGGCGCCGGAUCGGGGUCCGGCCGGGGAGAAGCCUGGGGGGCUAGGAUGCCCGGGAGCGGCGGCGCAGCCAUCUCGGCCGCCGCCCGCCCGGGGGAAGCUCGGCCGCCCCCGCCGCUCCACCCGGAGGAGGAGGAGGAAGCGGCGCGCCAGGCUCCCGGGGGCGGCGGGGGGGCCGGCGGACGCUGAGCCGCCCGCGCUCGCCUCUUUUGUCCCGGCUUCAGGAGAGCCUCGUUCCCGUGGCGGCGGGCCAUGUAUCCGCAGGGGCGGCACCCGGGCCCCCACCAGCCUGGACAGCCUGGCUUUAAAUUCACCGUGGCUGAAUCCUGUGACAGGAUUAAGGACGAGUUCCAGUUCCUGCAGGCCCAGUACCACAGUCUGAAAGUGGAGUAUGAUAAGCUUGCAAAUGAAAAGACGGAAAUGCAGCGCCACUAUGUCAUGUACUAUGAAAUGUCUUACGGGUUGAACAUUGAAAUGCACAAGCAGACAGAGAUUGCCAAGAGACUGAACACGAUUCUCGCCCAGAUCAUGCCUUUUCUGUCACAAGAGCACCAGCAGCAAGUGGCUCAGGCGGUUGAGCGGGCCAAGCAGGUGACCAUGACGGAGCUGAAUGCCAUCAUUGGGCAGCAGCAGCUCCAGGCGCAGCACCUCUCCCAGGCCCCUCACGGGCCCCAGGUACAGCUUCCGCCUCACCCAUCAGGCCUGCCGCCCCCAGGUAUCCCCCCCGUCACAGGGAGCAGUGCGGGGCUCUUGGCCCUGGGGGCCCUCGGCAGCCACUUGGCUGUGAAAGAUGAGAAGCAUUCGCACGAUCUGGACCACCGAGACCGUGACUCCAGUGCGAACGCCUCCAUCUCCCCCUUGGAGAGCCUGCGAGCCAGCGAGAAGCACAGGGCCUGCUCCGACUACGCUGGCAUGGAGCCCAAGAAGCGGAAGGCGGAGGAGAAGGAGGGCUUGAGCCGCUAUGAUAGUGAUGGCGACAAGAGUGAUGACCUGGUGGUCGAUGUCUCCAAUGAGGAUCCGGCAACCCCCCGGGUGAGCCCCGCCCACUCGCCCCUGGAGAAUGGGCUGGAAAAAGCCCGCGGACUGAAGAAGGACGCCCCAAACAGCCCUGCCUCCAUCGCCUCCUCCAGCAGCACCCCCUCUUCCAAGGCCAAGGACCACAAGGAUAAAUCCUCCACGCCUGGUUUGAAGUCCAACCCUCCCACGCCAAGGAGCGAAGUAGCGACCCCUGGGACAAGCAGCACCCCGGGCCUCCGACCGGUGCCAGGCAAGCCCCCUGGAAUGGACCCCCUGGCAUCUGCCUUAGGAAGGACGCCCAUCUCCCUGGCCAGCUCUUACGCUGGCCCCUUCGCCAUGAUGGGGCACCCCGAGAUGAAUGGCUCCCUUGCCAGCCCCGGGGCCUAUGCAGGAUUGCACAACAUCCCCCCUCAAAUGACAGCCGCUGCCGUUGCCUAUGGCCGGUCGCCCAUGGUGAGCUUUGGAGCUGUUGGGUUUGACCCCCACCCCCCAAUGAGGACUCCUGUCCUGCCCUCCAGCCUGGCAUCCAUUCCUGGCGGCAAACCGGCGUACUCCUUUCACGUCAGCACCGAUGGGCAGAUGCAGCCAGUCCCGUUUCCUCACGAUGCCCUUGCCGGCCCUGGCAUCCCCCGCCACGCCCGUCAGAUCAGUACCCUGAGCCAUGGCGAAGUGGUGUGUGCCGUGACUAUCAGCAACCCGACCAGGCACGUGUACACAGGGGGAAAGGGCUGCGUGAAGAUUUGGGACAUCAGCCAGCCGGGCACCAAGAACCCCGUCUCCCAGCUAGACUGCUUGAACAGGGAUAACUACAUCCGUUCCUGCAAACUCCUUCCCGACGGGCGCACGCUGAUCGUGGGCGGGGAGGCCAGCACCCUCACCAUUUGGGACCUGGCUUCCCCCACCCCCAGGAUCAAGGCCGAACUGACCUCCUCGGCCCCCGCCUGCUACGCCUUGGCCAUCAGCCCCGAUGCCAAAGUCUGUUUCUCCUGCUGCAGUGACGGAAACAUUGCCGUCUGGGAUCUCCACAACCAGACCUUGGUUAGGCAGUUCCAGGGUCACACGGAUGGCGCCAGCUGCAUUGACAUCUCCCACGAUGGCACCAAACUCUGGACGGGGGGCCUGGACAACACCGUGCGCUCCUGGGACCUUCGGGAAGGCAGGCAGCUACAGCAACAUGACUUCACCUCUCAGAUCUUCUCGCUCGGCUACUGCCCAACGGGCGACUGGCUUGCAGUGGGGCUGGAGAGCAGCAACGUGGAAGUGCUGCAUCACACCAAGCCUGACAAAUACCAGCUUCACCUGCACGAAAGCUGUGUGCUCUCACUGAAGUUUGCCUCUUGUGGAAAGUGGUUUGUGAGCACGGGGAAAGACAACCUCCUCAAUGCCUGGAGGACUCCCUAUGGAGCCAGCAUCUUCCAGUCAAAAGAAUCUUCUUCCGUUUUAAGCUGUGAUAUUUCAGCAGAUGACAAAUACAUUGUCACAGGUUCGGGUGACAAGAAGGCCACAGUUUACGAAGUAAUCUACUGAGUAGCUAGGACUCUGGUAGAAGAACACGAAAAGGAGAGCAGCUGCGGAGUCCUUUGGUGCCCUGCGGAGGGAUUUAUGACCUGGGUGGAUCUUCUGUGGCGGCCUUGGAGUAAAACUCUGGAAGGAAUUGGGAAUCGGCUCCGUCCAGCUGAUCAGCGGCCACGCAUUGUCCCUGCUGGCCUGUGUCUUUCCCUCGGUUCUUAGUCCUGGCACCUGUGACCAGAAGGCAGCUAACGCCCUGGACUUGCAUUCAGGAGGGGCCACGGGUCUCCUUCCCCCGUCAGGCUUGUCGGAACUGUAGAUAAGAGAGGAGCUUCAUUGCGGACGCCUCCUUGGCCCGCUAGCCAGCAGCGUGUUGUGGCCCCCCCUCGUUUCCUGCUGCUGCCGCUGCUGCCGCCGCCUCCUUGGCCUGCCCUCGCCGUGUCCCGCCUCCGUCCUGCUUCCACUCUGGGGGUGGCUGCCGUCCUUUCCCUGCCUGCCUGCCCUCCCCUCGAAAAUAGGCUCGGAGAAACUCUUACCAGCCCGAGCCAAGGGGUCCCCCAAGGCGAAAUGGUUUCCUCUGCUGGGUGGGUGGAGUGAGUGGUUCUUGUGGCGUUGAGUCUUCUCUCUGGGCCAGGCCUGAGCCUCCAAUGGGACCCUUCUCUCCCGAUCCCGAGGGCAGCGGAGAAGUCGCUGUUUUCAAAGCACUUGUCAGCUGGGGCAACAGGAUGCCUUGCCCACCAGCGGCCUUCAGACCCAAAGACGGAGAGGAUGCGUGUUCGAGAACACAACAGUUAACGCUCAGGGACCCAAGAAACACAUAAGAGCAGCUUGUGCUGGGAUUUUUUUUUUUUUUUACUCCGAUGAAAGUAAAGUAAUGGAUAAUAAUGUUUAAAUGCAGGUUGUUUCUAAGUUUACUGAUGAACCCGGUUCCUCUAUGGGAUGGUGGACAGGGGGGUUCCUGUGGCUUUUGGCAAUCCGUGUUUCAGCCUGUUGGCCUGGGCAAAACUUGUACGUGGGGACGGGAGCAGGGAGGGGGAGCCACUCCUGGCCGUUUUGUACUCAAGGAGCGAAUAAAACUAAACACAGGAAAUUGCGUAUAUGUGUAGCAGGAGAUCUUGCCUUGUAAUGUAGCCUAUGAAAAAGAAUUUUUAUACCACAUUUUAUGGAUUAUUUUUUAAUUGUUAAUUUUGAUCUGGUUUUUAAAAAAGGUAACUAUAGCUUAAUGGUGAAAAAAAAAGAACCUACCUGUUUCUAUUAAAGGCCAUGCUGGUACACAAAGGAAGAUUCUUCGUCUGGGGUGCCAAAUCCUUGGGUUGAGUCUCUUUUUCCUUCCACUGAAAAAAGAACCGGCAGGCCGGAGGUGCUUCAGCUAGAUGGUCGGUGGCGUUGGGUCGGGUCAUAGAUGUUCCGUGUCCAUUUCUGGGUGUGAACCAAGAUUAACGGGAGCAUUCAUAUAUGUAGUUACAGGUCAGCUACCCCCUCCCCGCAAAUGGAGGGGAGAAUUGCUACAAAUCAUGAUUCUGCUUUGUGCUGGUCUACAUUUUAUGUUCCUUAAACUUUGCAAAUGAGCAAGUUUCCAAUAACUUGAGGUGUAAAGUUAGUUAUUCACUUUUCAACCAGGCUGCAACAGCUUCCCCAGAAGCUAGGAAUUUCUAGCAGAAAUUCAUUCUUAGCAUCAUAUUUUAAGAAUGUUUAUAACCCAAACAUACCCUGUUUUUCUCAUUGUUUGUAGACCAUGUUCCCUUAUUGUUAGAACUGUCCUUCGCUGAAGAAUUGGAAAUGCGGUUGCUUGGAGGAGGAAUUUGUCCAAUCAAUCCAUGAUUACAUUGUAUAUUUAAAGUCCUUAUGUUACAUGAAGAUGAUGAUGAUGCAAUCUGUUCAAUUGUGCCUGAUUGUAUGGGCCAGUUCUCUCCACAUUGCAAACUUCUUGUAUGGCCUUGUUUUAUGCUUGGCCGGUUUCGGCUUUGAUGUUCUCUAGCCACUGGGUGGCUAGUUUCCUUUUACCAAUGACCAUUAUGGGUAUAACUGCCUUUUCCAGUUAGUUGAAUGACAAUAAAUAAGGUGGUUUUUUUGUGUGAUUUUGGCUUUGAGUGAUAUACUGGUUUAUAUUGGUACUUGCUUAUUUGUCACCUUUGCUCCAAUAUCAUGGCUUGAACAAGUCAGUUUCUUCCUGUCUCAUUUUUUCAUGGCAAACUUUCACAACUGUAGGUGGCUUUGAGAAAUGCAAUAAUGCAGAGUAAUCUGCAUUUAGUAGCCAAGCUGAUGUCCUUGCUUUUCCCUACUCAAUGUUUGCUCAUCGAUGCAGUUUCACCCCUUAUUUAUGGACCACAUUCACUGCUUUGAUCAAGCUGUGAUUCCAGGAAUGUGAAUUCUUGCGUGCAUUCAAUCUCUUCACCCUGGUUGUUGUGACAUUUCCACUGCUUGAUCUUUUUGAGGAUAGGAUAAAAGGCCAAAUUGUGAGCUGCUUUGGUUGCUGGUUGGAGCUGUAACUUGUACUUAUUAUCUUUAUUGGAAGGGGAAAGGAGAGCAGCCAGCCCCACUUCCUUGGGGGCAGGCAUUGGGCUGUGUGAGGACAGGGUUCCUGCUGCCAGAGGGCACUCCAGUAGCUCAGAGGCUGGCUCCUAGCCGGGAGGGGGGCGGUGGUGGUGUGCCUGGGAACGGCUGUCUACUUGGUCUGCCAGAAUUUAGGCUGCCUUAGGAGGGUAUUUUUCUUUCCUGCUACACCGCACCUUUUCCCAGCAAAUUUGUUCGGAUGAGUGGCAAAUUGCUUUUAUUG